AUGUCUAAAAUGCAGACGACGUCGGUUCGACUACAAACGGGGACGAUGUCGGUGACGUCGUUGACGGGUCCAGUACAGGUGUGGUACGAGAACUCGUGGAUGUCGGUCUGUGCAGAUGGCUGGGACGACAGUGGGGCUGACGUCGUUUGCAAAGCACUGGGAGAAUAUUCCAAUGCCAUCGCUCUGACGUCGAUCCCCGUAGACUACAGCAGGAGCUAUGCCGUCAUCAUUGGAUGUUCUGGACUGGAGACCAACAUCUCACAGUGCAACAUGUCAACCACGUAUUACUGUCAGCAGAGGGCGCUGGCGGGAGUUAUAUACACGCCGAAGGUUCGUCUAGUUGACGGUCACGUCUCGGCGACGUCGACGUCUGGGCGCGUCGAGGUGUUUUACGACGGUGAAUGGGGCACGAUCUGCGACGACAGCUGGGGUGACGAUGACGCACGCGUUGUUUGCAACAUGCUCGGAUAUUCCUCUGAUCGUGCGGUAGCGUUUACACGUGCUCGUUUCGGAGAAGGUGAAGGUAGCAUAUUGCUGGACGAAGUUAGAUGCGCGGGCAACGAGUUGAGCAUCUUUGAGUGUCGUCAUAACAACUGGAAAUUCCACGACUGCUACCACUAUGAGGACGCUGGUGUCGAGUGCGGAUACGCGCCGCUGGUUGUGUCUCUCAAACACGGUCACGUGAGUAAGUCGUUAAUUUCCGGAAUGGUGGAGGUGACAAGACUCGGAGUUCCAGGCCUGGUUUGUGAUGACUUGUGGGAUAGUCGUGACGCCGCCGUCAUCUGCAGAAUGCUGCAACUCCCAUUCGACAGAGCCGUCGCCUUGUCUUACGGUACAUUCGGCACUGGCGGCAGCAAUUUCCACCUGAGCGACGUUCAGUGUGUGGGGAAUGAAACCAGCAUAGUCUACUGUCAACACGAACAGUGGGGUCGACACAUGUGUUCCCACAGAGAAAACGCCGCUGUUAUAUGUCAGCUCGAUAAUGGCGGCAAUGAAAGCAUUCGACUGGUUGGCGGUUCAACUACAGCUGGAACUGUAGAGAUUCUGCGUGGUGGUAUAUGGGGAAACAUCGGUGACUCUCUGUGGGAUGAUCGAGAUGCCGCCGUUAUCUGUCAAAUGCUGGGCUUUCCUUCUGAAAAUGCCACUGCGCAGGUCGGGGCACACCACGGCCACGCCAGGUAUCCCAUAGCCAUUAUCAAUGUGAGGUGUGUUGGAAACGAAUCUUCCAUUUUUGAUUGUCCACAUAGUCAAACAACGCGCAGUUACAGGUUGUUUACCGUGGCAGGCGUCAACUGUAACUCAGGUAGCCAGGCUAAAGUGAGCGUGCGGUUAAUAAACGGCCACUUCAACAAGGAUUCGGUGUCUGGACGAGUGGAAGUUUUUCACCAGGGGUUGUGGGGAACGGUCUGCGACAACGGGUGGGACAAAAAUGAUGCCAGAGUCGUCUGCAGGAUGCUCGGCUUUUCUGAUGCCAAAGCUCAGAGUAAAUCUCAGGCCUACUUUGGAGAAGGAUCUUCUGAAAUCAUCCUGAGUAAUGUGAGAUGUGCGGGAGUGGAAGGCAGUCUGAGUGAGUGUAGCCACUCGGGGUGGGGCAGUCACGACUGUAACCACACCCAGGACGCUGGGGUCAUCUGUCAGAAAGAGUCUCUACAGGUGUGGCUGGCAGGUGGUCAGGUGGACAGGUCGGUUGUUAAGGGACAGUUCCAGAUACUGUACAACGGACGGAGGGGUACCGUGUGCGAUGGGGAUUGGGACGGGAAAGAAUCUGGAGUGGUCUGCAAAAUGGCUGGUUUUUCAAUACCACUCGACCAGCCGCCCACAAUAGAGAACACGACGACGUCGACCAGCGACGUUCCUGUAGUUUUUCACGGCCUGUACUGUAACGGCGACGAGAUGUCUAUCCUGCAGUGUCGGCAUUUCACCAGCCAGCCCACCUCGGCAGGAUGCUCGUCAGGAUCAAAGGCUGCGGACGUCGGCUGUUUUUCAGAAUACCAGUCCCCAGGUGCUGUGAGGCUGUCGAAUGGCACCACCACUAACUCCUCGUGGUCUGGGAGAGUUGAGAUAUUUCACGAUGGUCAGUGGAUGUCCGUCUGUAGUGACCACUGGGGCCAGAACGAGACCUCCACGGUGUGCCGCACUUUGGGCUUCUUGUUUGACGGUGGCGCGUCAGGUGAGAACGUCGACAGCAAGACGACGGAGCUGUACCAGAUAGAUUGUUCUGACACAACUGACGUACAGCGGUGUAGUAGCUUGGUUCUAAACACCAGUGACUGCGCAACUGGACAACACGUCAUAGUGACGUGUUUAAGAGAAUAUGUUCCAAUUAGUACGGAGCACACAGAAACGUCCACUAGCGACGGAACUGGAGUUUCGCCAACAACUCCUCUUAACACAGAACAGUCACGUGCGCCAUACACCAUUCCGUACGAGUCUUACUAUCCGAACUUCACAGACGACUCACAAACUACAUCUGAAUCAAGCGAUGCUCAGACACCACGUGUCUCUGAUGACUCGACAUCAGCUUCAACCUACACCGAACUCAAACACGAUACUUCGACGACAAAACCCGACACGACGUCAAAACAUCCAACAAAGAAAGCCAAUCAGCUCGGAAACGCGAAGGCUCGGGAAGCUCCACAAACUGACGACGACAUCAUCAUCACAGCCGUGGUCGUGCCGGUGUUGGCAAUAGUUGCCGUUGUCGUAGUUGCUGUUCUGGUUUAUAGGCGGGUGAAACACAACACGUUUAAUCUGGGGUAUGUGGACAACAAGGACGGGUUCACAGACGGCGGCUAUUUUAAUCCGGUUUACGAGAAACGGGACAUUGACGAGAAACGGGAUGUUGAAGAGCCCGUAUACAGCGCUAUCGAUUUCGACGUGGACGACGGCCACGUCAGCAGCACGCAAACACCCAAGCUGGUUUUCAGCGACCCAGAGAUUCACAAGUAAAAUCAGAAGAUUGGGAAGGCUUAUAUUACAGGAAUAAGUAAAUAUGUAAAAAUCGGGAAAGUCAUUUAUGUCAUACGUGUCUGCGCUCUAUGUACAGAUUACAAAUCAGACCCCUCGUGAGCACGUAAAUGAACGUUUUUGGUCAUAUUCUAUACAAAUAAAUAUAAAAUAUGGCUUGUACCCCAUCCCACUAGAGACUGUAACCCCUCAGCAGAGAUUGUGCCCCGCUCCCAUCCCCCAACUCCCGAUAUCGUUCAUACGUGCUGUUGCUCCAAAUUUACAAAAUGUAAUUUACAUGUUGCAUAUAAACAUGCAUUUUAGUUUAUCUUUACGUAGUUUGUGUGUACGAACUUUGUAUGUUUAUGUCAUAAGUGUCUGCUGUCAUGUUACAAGUUAUUCAAACGUGCACAAUGUCAUUUACAUGUUGCAUAUAAACGUGUACUUCAGUUGGUGAUUAAAUGUCUGUGAACAGAUUAAAGUUAUCCAAACGUAAAAUAUUAUUUACUGGUUGAAUAAUUAUUAUAUCGGUGUUGACAUGGUUAGAGUAUACGAAAUUUAUAUGUUUAUGUCGUAAAAUAUUUUCUGGAUUUUAACUGAGCGACAGGAUCAAUAUGUUUUUAACUUUUUAUAACGUGUAAUUUUCAAAUACGUCUUACACGAGGAAUAUAGAGUACAUUAAUCACACGUGUCGGUGUGUAUUGCAGCUAUUUUAACUACAAUUUUGUACAAGUAUGUGACUGUAUAUACCAGUACAUACAUGCAUAUAUUAUCAACAUUCUGAGAACCGUAGCGUUCCCAAUAUUAAAGUCCCACUUACACACCAAGUAGCUGUCACUGUGUACACUGCAUAUAAACACGUAU